UUUAUGGGGAUUUUUGUACCAUAACCGGCUGUAGCUACAGCUGGCUGAUCCCUAGCGUUCACCUUUAAAAUUAGUUCACAUCAAAAUUGGAUGCUAAAACUGAAUUUAUCUUGUUGACUGAAUCAGCCAGGCAUCAGUUUCAUGAAAUUGCCGAGGGUGUGUGCUAGUUUUCUGUGCAAACCAAAAGGCACCAAUCAAGAUAGUGAAGCUGGAGUUAUAUUGCUGCAUUUCAGGAUUUCUUCGGUAAUAAACUUCAGUUUUCAUAAAUUCAGUGAAAAUAGGAACGCUACCAAAGUAAUUCAAAAGGAGAGAGAUUAGAUUACUUUGUACUAGUACAAACAAACAUUUAGGUGGUCCGUGCAAACGAUUGAAGACUUGUUGAAAACUUAUAACAAAGGGACGAGAUUAGGUUACUUUUAUUCAUAUCAUCCUGUUAACUAUCAAUCCACAUGUUCAAGGUGCAACUUGCAUGUCUGAUCACGCAUUAAGGUUUCACCAAAUCCCAAACCCCAACAUUUUUCUUUUCCAUUCUAUAGUUGUCAAGUGGAAGGAAGAUAUGUGGAUUCCUUCCCUUUUACUGGCUCUACAUUCUUUCUUUUCUUUCGAAAAACAAUGCUGGCUGAUGCAAUGGCCAUAUGCAGUGUGAGCUCUUAUAACCAACAUGGUUUAUAACGUGGUAUGAAAGAAAAAAAGGUAUCUUGUUUUUGUUGCGAUCAAAAGGAAAAAAUAGUAUCAAAAAGCACGGCCUAUACAUCUUUUGUGCAUGUUGACAGGCGUGCACAGAGGUGGUAAAGAUUGCAGUCAACAUGCUGGAAGACCACUAGCAGCAUAGCAAAUUUGAUUAAGGAAAAGAAUCAACCUAUGAAAAUUCAAACCAAAAAUACCACAGUGGACAUGGGACUAGCGGUCUAGGUGUACCUCUAAAGCAACAUAUUUAUUUUCAUCAAGUAAAUGGAAAGUACAGUUCAGUUGUGUCUAUUCAUCAGUGUGUAUUUAGAAGUAUACAUGAACAUUGAAAGAGAAUGUGGCCAGGUUGUGGGCGCCAAUGUUUGACAAACAACAGUUUUGCUAGUUCUUGGUCGACCGAGAAUUAGCUUAGAGAUCGGUCACCUCUAGAGUAGUUGGAUUUGCAUCUUGAUUCAUAUGUCCUGUGAGUUGCAAUUGAGUUUGUCCAGUCGCAAGUAGUUUGCAACUGAGUAAAACAUCUAGAUAUAAUAUACGUUAUAAGUCAUGCUGGGCAUGAGUUGCAGGUAUAUUGCAACUGACCGAGAAUUAAGCUACACUGCAUAAAUGCCGUGCUGCCAACUUAAUGGCAUGCAAUUCAUUUAAGAAAAAUGACGUUUUUUACUAUCAAAUAUUUCAUAUAACUAUGCAAAAUUCUAGAUAUCUUAAAGUCUACCAAUUCUGCUUUGAAAAUAUUAACUUUAGUUGGAAACAAAAAUGGUUUUGCAUGUUAUUUCAAUGAUUGUCAAAGUUUAUCCAGAAUAAGAUUCGAAGGUAGUACUUUAUCAUGAAUUGAAUUAUCAUUUAUUAGCUAUAAAGAUCCAUUUGUUAGCAUUUAUUUACGUGCAAAAUACUCCUCAUGUAUUAUAUCCUGAUAUUUAUCAUAUACUGGUAGUCAUAAAUCACUGCACUAAUUGUAGAUCUCAAAACUCAAACCUAUGGCCUAGAUGUUGUCCUCGUGUUAUGUGGCUGCUAGGGUUUGGGAGGGAGAGAAAGGGCUGCGAGGGCGCGAGAAGGCCGGCCGGGGGCCUUUUGCCCACGGCCGGGCAAGAGGGAAGGGAUUUCCUUCUUAAUUCUUGCUUGAUUAGAUUGAUACAUCUCCUCUCCAUAUAUAGAGAGGUUUACUUGACUCCCAAGCAAGGCUUACUUGACCCCUAAGCAAACCAUAAGACUAACGGGCCCAGGCCCAUGACGUACUCUAACACCUCGUUUGCCUCGAUGUCCACCAAAUCCAUGUCAUAAAAACCUGCCAUUUUUUAGCAUGACCGUGAUCUUUAUUAGUACAACUUAAACAUUGUAAUCCAGAAACCUCUAUAUAUAGAUACCCUGAAUUCAGUUUAUGCAAACAGACAGUAUCCUGCUCCAUAUUUGCAAGAGUUGAAACAGGUGCAAAUGAAUCUGCUUCAGAGGAGAAUAGUUCUCUUGCUGCCGUUGCUUGUACUGACCAUUUCUUAUAGCGAUGCAGUAGCUCUGAGGCUACACGCCACCCAUGCCGAUGCCGGCCGAGGUCUCACCAGUCGGGAGCUGCUGUACCGCAUGGCUGCACGCAGCAAGGCCCGUUCCAUGCGCCUGCUUUCCGGCCAUGCUGCGCGCGUGGAUCCCGGACCUUACGCCGACAGCGUCCCCGACACGGAGUACCUGGUGCACUUGUCCAUCGGCACGCCGCCGCAGCCGGUGCAUCUCAGCCUGGACACAGGGAGUGAUCUCGUUUGGACGCAGUGCCAGCCAUGCCAGGUCUGCUUCGACCAAGCGCUCCCCUACUUCGACCCGUUCAACUCCUCCACGUUCUCUGUGCUCCCUUGCCACCAGCCCAUGUGCCAGCAGAACCUGGAUUGGUCUUCCUGCGGCAAGCAGUACUGGGGCAACCAAACCUGCGUCUACGUCUAUGACUACGCCGACAACUCCAUAACGGCUGGCCACCUCGACACCGACACCUUCACCUUAGCGGCCGCUGAUGGCGUCAGCAGCGCAUCUGUGCCCGGUCUGGCCUUUGGUUGUGGCCUCUUUAACAACGGAAAUUUCCAGUCAAACGGGACAGGCAUCGCCGGCUUUGGCCGUGGUGCCCUGUCCCUGCCGUCGCAGCUCAAAGUGGGCAACUUCUCCCACUGUUUCACACCCAUGACAAGAUCGGAACCCAGCGCAGUACUGCUCGGUGUUCCGACCAAUCUAUACGGCAACGCCAGCGACGUUGUCCAGUCCACUCCUCUCAUCCAAAACACCGCGUCUCCGAAUGCGUACUAUCUCUCCCUCAAGGGCAUAACUGUCGGCUCGACGAGGCUACAGGUCCCGGAGUCAGUGUUCGCUUUGAAGCAGGACGGCACGGGCGGCACCAUCAUCGACUCCGGCACAGGCAUGACGUCGCUGCCUCAAGACGUGUACAAUCUCCUGCAUGACGCCUUUGUCACUCAGGCGAGGCUCCCCGUGUACAACUCGACAACAGCGGCGCCCCAGCUCUGCUUCUUGGUGCCACCGCAAGGCAAGCCAGAUGUGCCGAAGCUGGUGCUGCACUUGGAGGGCGCGACGCUGGACCUGCCGCGGGAGAACUACAUGUUUGAGUUCGAGGAGGCUGGUCGCAACAUCACCUGCCUUGCUGUUAGUGCCUGGGGCGAUCUGACCAUAAUAGGCAACUACCAGCAGCAGAGCAUGCACGUCCUCUACGAUCUGGCAAAUAGUUUGUUGUCUUUUGUACCGGCACAAUGCGACAGGCUUUAGGCUUUGCACAAUCCUGCUGGAGCGCCCAUCUACCAGAGUAUGCGCGAGCUAUGUCAUUGGAGAGGAAUUUUAAGAUGCACCCAUUCAGUGAGAACCAUUAACUGAAUUAGAUCCACAAGGCACAUGGGCCUGACAAUAUUCCAAUUGAGUUUUUGCAGCAUUAUGGCAUUUAGUCAAGUCUGAUAUUAUGCAUAUCUUCCAGAAGUUUCUUGAUGAAUCCUAAGAUAUUAAGCGCUUGAGCUAUGGGGUUAUUAUUACCUUGCUUCCUAAAAUCUCUGGGCCUGAUAAAAUCUCACAAUACAGACCUAUUUGCUUACUGCCUUGUAUUUAUAAAUGGAUAACUAAAACCUUGACAAUAAGAUUAGAACCUUAUGCCUCGAAAUUGUUUUGCAUCCAGCAAAACUCUUUUAUCAAAAAAAAAAAUAUCUUGGAUGGUGUGCUGUCUUUGCAUGAAUUUCUGAGAAACAAUGUGGAGUGGUGAUUAAGUUGGAUUUCGAGAAGGCUUACGAUAUAGUUGAUUGGAAUUGCCUUUUGGAUUGUCUCAAACUAAGGGGGUUUAAUGAGAAGAUUUUCUUUUGGAUCGAACAACCUUUAUUUGAUGGCACACAGUAAG